CGUAAAAAUGUUUCCUUGUUCAUGUUGUUUGUCGAUUCGGUUCGGACUGGCUUUGUUUCUGGUCAUUCCCUGACUAAUAUUAAACCCAGUAUUUAUAGAAGGCUUUGAACAGCUACUGCAUUCCCCGAACGUGAUGUAUGACUAAUAAUUUCUGUUGGUGAACCGAUUGCAUUCCAAGAGUAAUUCUGCUAGCGGCUUGUAGGACACUUUGGCACUGAGCUGUGUGUGGAGAAAGAGCUAGCGACUAUGUCCAUUCGCGGUGAAAAAUCAACAUGGUCACCGUUGGAGACGCCGUUGAAGCUGCAGCACUUCGUGUGGGCUGAGGCGCCAAGGCCGGAUAUUCUGACCUCGUUGUUACCAGCGAAAGAUGGUCAGGCACCGGUGGAUACAUCGUCAGCACGACUAUGGGCGUGUGGCAGCCCUGGUAUUCUGAUUGCAUCAUUGGAUGUGAGCACGGGAUCAUUGAGUAAGUACUCUAUACCGAACCCAACCUAUCCACCUAGAUACUUUCAACGCGAGGAGAAGAGUGAGAAGAAAAGGAAAGAUGCUACAACGCUGAUGGCGGGUCUAGCUGACACCAAAGCUGUGUCCAUGGUUUGCGUUGGCGGCACACAGCUUUGGGUAGGGACGGAGGGUCACUCGCUGCAUGUCCUUGAUGUACCGGGCUUCUUCACGCACCACGUGGCCGUAAUGAGAGAUGCUGUGCUGUGUCUGGCUACUGGCGAGUAUCACAUCCAGGAUGGCGAGCAAGCUGAGGACGAGAACCGCCGCACGCCGACCCAAUCCAGCAGUGGUACCAGUGCCGCCGAUACUGACAAUAGUGCUCCCAACACACAGUACGAAGUGCACGGUACAGCUAGAGGCGGCCUGCACUGGACGAAAAUGACCACCGGCGGCAGCAGCGACGCCAAGUUAACGGUGAGGUACGUGCUGGCAGGUCUCGCUAACGGGCACAUUGUCAAGUUUAGCUGUCUCAGCGAAGAGGGUGGUGAUAUGGAGGCGCCGUUUCAAGAAGCACCAACGAUGCUACGACUUGGUGGAAGCCCAGUGAAGGCUAUCGUCAUAGCAGCGGACGGCCUGGCCUGGUGUGGUGUUGGAACUGAGAUUGUGGUGCUGCAAGUGGAGACGCUCCGAGAAGUGACUCGUUUUGAUGCUCAACCAGACAAGGCUUACUCAUCUCAUCGUCGCUCUCUAGUCUCUCACCUUGUCUACAGCACACUGGGUAUUUGGAGUGCAUGCUGGCACACAAACUCUGUACAGCUAUGGGAUACAAAGACAUUCAGUCGGCGCACAUCUAUCCUAUCCUUGGCUCAUGAUGAGCGUGCACGAUGGGUGCAAUCAUCAGCGGACGUAUCGGCCAUGGCUGUGACACAGGGAAUCCUGACUAUUGGUACGGAAGGUGGCAGUCUUCUCCUCUUUGACAUUGUGCCUUCAGACAGCUUGACCAGCGGCAGUGCAUUCCGACCACGCUUUCUCGGCACCGAGGAUAUCUGUUCGGGCAACAUCCACUGCAUUGUUCCCAUGGAGACAAAGCUGGACCUUGCAGCAGCAGAUGACGCUUACGAUCCAGAGGCAGAUGACCCAGAUUGUCCGAUGCGUAUCAUGACAUGUUGCGCCGCCAGAUUUGAUCAGCGCCGUGCCGAUUCGACUGGCAGUACAGGCAAGGGAAUACGAAGCCGCUUAAGAGCUAGUAGGAGCGGUGAAGACGAGAACGAGACGAAGAAAGUGGAAAUUUCAUGCUGGGAGUUCCGUUCUGCCCAGGAUCAUGAUCGUCACCAGAGACUGCGCAUUCACAACCAGUUGAUGAGUGGUGCCACGCACAAGCCAUUCAAGUUUCCCAAGCUAACCUUGGUCAGGGUUUGUCCGACUGCUGUUGUCACAACACCACUUGGAGAUUGAUGUCACAGACCGUAUAGUCCACACAGUCAGUCCGCCAUGCAGUCCGCCAUGCAGUCCGCCAUGCAGUCCGCCAUGCAGUCCGCCAUGCAGUCCGCCAUGCAGUCCGCCAUGCAGUCACGCCAUGCAGUCCGCCAUGCAGUCUUCGCCAUGCAGUCCGCCAUGCAGUCACGCCAUGCAGUCCGCCAUGCAGUCCGCCAUGCAGUCCGUCAGUCCGUGCAGUCUUCGCCAUCCUGAAAAGGAGCCGCAUGACAUGUACAAUGUUUAAAAACGACAUUGCCAGCUAACUACUUGACUCCUUGAUUUCUAGGAUUGUUUGGAUUUCUCGCUUGUUAGCGGCCGUCGUGAGUUCCCUCGGGAACGGACAUGUUGAUUUACUCUCUAUUUUUGUAUGAAUACUACAGUAAAUCUAAUCAUGGCUGUGCCAUCAUGUUGUUUUCUUUCUCUUGAGUAUUUAUAGUAGAGCGCACACACGACCUGAUUCGUGAGUGCAUCACCAGGCAACCAUUCAGCAGCACAGCUUCGAAAGUCUCUCAGAAUAAUUAUUUUCAAUGUCAUGUAAGCUUCCUCAGAAGGCUUUGCAAGAGUAAGAUAACCUCUGCGAUCAGA